AUGAGACCAAUCAAGUUAAUGGGUCAUGAGCGUUCAUUGACGCAAGUGAAAUUCAAUAGAGAAGGUGAUUUAAUCUUUUCCGUCGCCAAGGAUAGCACAGCAUCAAUUUGGUAUUCAUCAAAUGGUGAAAGAUUGGGGACUUUAGAAGGUCACAUUGGUACUAUUUGGUCUAUCGACGUGGAUGCUGAUACUAUAUUAUGUGCCACAGGUAGUGCUGAUUUAACUAUCAAGUUAUGGAAGAUCGAAACCGGUGAAUGUGUUCAAUCGUGGGAAAUGCCAACACCAGUGAGAAGAGUUGCAUUCUCUCCUGAUAAUAAGAGAUUGUUGGCAGUUACCGAUCAAGUUAUGGGUCAAACCGGUACUAUCUCUGUGUUUGAUAUAAAUUACGAGGGUGACUACACCAAGCAACAAAGCAAACCAUCGUUAAUUAUCGAGACUAGAAGUGAUGCUAAGAAAGUUACAGUUGCAGGAUGGUCAGCCAACGGCGAUUUCAUUAUUGCAGGUCACGAAGACGGAUACGUUUCUAAAUACAACAGUUCCACCGGUGAAUUCAUCGAAACUGCCCAGGUGCACGGUAUUCACAACGAAGAAAAGAUUGCCUCUAUUACCGAUAUACAAUUUGCUCCAGAAGACAAGUCCUACAUUGUUACUGCAUCAAAGGACAAGUGUUCAUGUUUAGUUGAUGUUGACACACUUGAAUUGAUGAAGGUGUACAAGGCCGACGCUCCAAUGAACACGGCCGCUAUCACCCCAAUCAAGGACUUUGUUAUCUUAGGAGGUGGUCAAGAAGCUAGAAAUGUUACCACUACUGCUGAGUCUCAAGGUAAGUUCGAAGCCAGAUUUUACCAUAAAAUUUUCAUCGACGAAAUUGGCCGUGUUAAGGGUCAUUUCGGUCCUUUGAAUUCUAUCGCCGUUCACCCUGACGGAACCGGUUAUGCCAGUGGAGGAGAAGAUGGUUUUAUCAGAUUGCACUACUUUGAUAAGUCCUACUUUGACUUUGAGUUUGAUACUGAAAGAGCUGAAAGAGCGAUGGCUUCAAGUGCUGCUUAG